CUUUCGGAAUAGGAAUAAGUUUUUGGAGAAAAUGAGGUCACUAUUCACCUUUGUGACUUUCACUCUUCUCUUGGUGACAUGCUCUCUCACCUUGUCAGUUGCAACUUCGAAUGACAAGAAUCACGAUCACGAUCAUGAUCACGACGAUGAUCACGAUCAUGAUGACGAUGAUGAUCACGAUCACGAUCACGAUCAUGACGAUGAUGAUGAUCAUCAUCACCAUCACCGUCGUCCUCCUCCACCUCCACGUAGGCGACCACCUCCGCCACCUCCCAAGAAUCCACCCAAGUCACCACCCCCUCCACCAUACAUUAAGUCACCCCCGCCUCCACCACCACACAUUAAGUCACCCCCACCUCCACCACCACACAUUAAGUCACCCCCGCCUCCACCACCAUACAUUAAGUCAUCCCCGCCUCCACCACCAUACUAUAACUCACCCCCUCCCCCGCCACCAUACUAUAACUCACCCCCUCCCCCGCCACCCUACUAUAACUCACCCCCACCCCCGCCACCCUACUAUAACUCACCCCCACCCCCGCCACCCUACUAUAACUCACCCCCACCCCCGCCACCAUACUACAACUCACCCCCACCCCCGCCACCAUACUCUAAGUCACCCCCACCCCCACCACCCUAUUAUAACUCACCCCCGCCCCCGCCACCCUACUAUAACUCACCCCCGCCCCCGCCACCCUACUAUAACUCACCCCCACCCCCGCCACCCUACUAUAACUCACCCCCACCCCCACCACCAUACUAUAACUCACCUCCACCCCCGCCACCCUACUAUAACUCACCUCCACCUCCCCCACCAUACAAUAAGUCACCCCCACCCCCACCACCCUACUAUAACUCACCCCCACCCCCGCCACCCUACUAUAACUCACCCCCACCCCCACCACCAUACUAUAACUCACCUCCACCCCCGCCACCUUACUAUAACUCACCUCCACCUCCCCCACCAUACAAUAAGUCACCCCCACCCCUACCACCCUACUAUAACUCACCCCCACCCCCGCUACCCUACUCCUACUAUAACUCACCCCCACCCCCGCCACCCUACAACAAGUCACCCCCACCCCCGCCACCCUACAACAAGUCACCCCCACCCCCGCCACCAUACAACAAGUCACCCCCACCCCCGCCACCCUACUAUAACUCACCUCCACCCCCGCCACCAUACUAUAACUCACCCCCACCCCCACCCCCAUACAAUAAGUCACCUCCACCCCCACCCCCACCCCCACCGCACUAUCCGUACCCUUCUCCACCACCCCCGUUUUACCCUCAAAAGUCACCUCCACCUCCAUACUAUUAUAAUCCACCUCCCCAUCAUCAUCACCACCCUUAGAUUGUUAUUUGGAAAUAAAGAACGUGUCCAAAUAAAGGAGUCUGAAGGACUUGAAGAAGCACCAUCUACUGAACAAUGGAACACGUUUUGUUAAUCUAUCAUUGAUUUGGUUUCGCUUUCUUUAUAUAUUUAUAUAUUUUCAUAUUUCAAGUUUUAAGGGACAGUUCAAAUCUGAUCCCCAUGUCUACGCUUCUCCUGCAUCCAUUGCGGUUUUCUAACUGCUGCCAGUGCACUAUGUUGUAUUAUGCCAACUUAUAUUAUAUAUAAUAAAUAAUACCCUAAAUUUAUCA